AUGGCGUCCUCGCCCUCGCCGUCGUCCGCUCGACGCUCGCCCUCUCCCUCGCCCUCAGCGACGUCGACGGGCAGCUCGUCGUCGUUCCUCUUCCCGCAGACGUUCACCACGGAUGGCCCCACCGGCACCGAUGUGCCCCCGCUGCCCAGCCCGCCCGGCGGGGGCGCAGGCGGGGGCGGAGGAGGGAGUGGGAAUCCGCAGCCCGGUAUCCAGGGCUCCGCGCAGCUCUACUUAUACACCUUCCUCGCGACGCUCAUCCUGCUCCUCGGCGUCUCGUCCGCGAUCGUCGCGCGCUCGCUGCUGCUGCGCCGGCGCCACCGCCGCAUGAUCGCGGAGGCGAUCGCGAACGGGACGUGGCAGCCGCCCGCGCCGCGCGUGCGCGUGGACCUCCGCAGGAAGCCGCGCCUGUGGGACGCGCAUGUCGCGCCGCCGCUCGCAGACGCGGCGCAGGCGGGCGACAGGGCGUGGGCCGGCGUGGUCCCGUUUGCCGCGUCGUACAUCCCGCCGCCGUCGCUGGCCGCAGCGACGACGACGACGACGACGUCGCCGGGCGUCUCGGGCACCAGCACGCCGGCGGUGUUAUCGACAGUCCCCUCCACGACCGCGCUCCCGCUCAGCCUCGAGCAGCCCCGCGUCCGCGUCGCGGUGCUCAUCGCCAUGCCCACGCCCGCCUUGUUCCCGUCCCUGGCUCCCUCGCCGUCAUCAGCAGCGCCACAGACGGGCUGGCCGGCCCCGUUUUCGCAUGUGGGCCCCGACGGGCGGCCCGUGGACGAGGACGACGUGCUGCUGCCGCCGCUGCAGGUCGGCAUCGUCAGCGUCGGGGUCGUGCCCGCGCAGGACGGGGAUGCCGAUGGCGAGGGUGCGGCGGGUAAGCGGGACAGCGAGGAAGGCCAGGAGCAGGAACGGAGAGAAGAAGAAGAGGCGCGGUAG